AUGGUUAAAACAACAUCGUCGCUUGUGCCUGUCAGCGAAGUUGGAAUUCGCAAACCGAACGCAGCCCUAUUAGAAGCUAAACGCAAGGCGAAAUUGUUAAAAAUGCAACAACAAACACAACCAGAAAAUGUUAUUGAAGAUAUUUUUCAAAAUGCUCUUAACGCUAAACAUUUCAUUCAAAGGCCUACUGGUUUGAUGUACUAUGAAUCGAUGCCCGAGCACAGUUGCUUAUGGAACGAAAAACAUACGGAAUAUUCGAAAUAUUUUAUUAAAGUUAUGGAUCGUUGCCAUGAAUUGAAUUUAAUCGGACGGUGUAAAUUGUUAUCCUCCCGGCGUGCCACUAAAGAGGAAGUGAUGCUCUUACAUAGCGAAGAGCAUUACGAAUUUGUACGUCGUACAUCGCUUGAUAGCGAUGAGGCAAACAAUGGCAGUUCGAAAUUUGAUUCCAUCUGCAUAUGUCCGUUCGCGUUCGAUUUGUCUCUACUGGCCGUUGGCUCAACAAUAGAUUUAAUUGAAAACGUUCUGAAUGGCAGCAUACAAAAUGGUAUGGUUUUUGUACGUCCACCCGGGAAUCAUGCUACAGGAACUGAAUUCAACAAUCAUAGAGUUUUUAAUAAUGUGGCGCUGGCUACGCAGUACGCUUUGGAUGUGUCAAAGUUGAAUAAAAUCAUGAUUAUCAACUGUGGCAUACAUCACAACGCAAGCACACAAAGGUUUUUUUAUCACGAUCCCAGGGUGCUUUACUUUUCCAUACAUCGGUGUAGAUGUGCAUGUUCUCAGUCCAAUGUAAACGAAUCAGAUUUCGAUGUUAUUGGCUAUGGGCCCGGGUUAGGUUAUACUUUCAGUUUGCUUUUAAAUAACACUAGGACAAGUAACGGCGAUUAUUUGGCCAUAUUUCAACAAAUACUUAUCCCGGUAGCUAUGGAAUUUCAACCUGAAUUGAUUAUUAUAUCAGCCGAGUAUAAUAUCGCUUUGGGAUGUCUUGACGAAGAUAUGGAAAUCACACCAGCCGUCUAUCCUCAUCUUAUAAGUUCUUUACUAAAAUUGGCCAAUUCACGUUUGGCCGUGGUUCUAGAGGGUGGUGAAUGUACAGCCUCACGGAUAGAAGGCGUUGCUUUAACACUAAGCGCUCUGUUGGGAGAGCCGUGUCCUAUAUUGUUAGAGAAGUUGGAUCCGCCUUCCUUAACUUUACAAGAAUCUAUAUUGAAUUGCAUUUGUAGUCAUCGUCCUUACUGGCGAUGCUUGCAGCUACAGGAUACUUAUACAAUAGAUGCACUGAAUACUACUAAUCUUCAAAUGAAUUUACACAAAAUUAAACGUAUUUGUAUUAAAAAACCACUGCUUGAACAAUUUUCGACACAAGGCAUAGUACCGCGAGAGAUAAUUGAAAAGAAUUGUCUGCGUUUACAAAGAGUUAAGUCUGAAACCAAAUUGUUAUCGCAUCGUAUACGUGUUUGUUAUGUUUAUGACGAGUUGAUGCUGCAGCAUGAAAAUACUCACGAGCCAGGUCAUCCUGAGCAACCGAAACGAAUACAUAAGAUUUACGAGAUGCAUGGUGAAUAUAGACUGCUUGAGCGCAUGCAGCGAUUAUCGUCGCGGUCUGCUACCGUUGAUGAAAUUUGUUUGGCUCACACGAGAGCCCACGUAAACUUGAUACGACGCAUUAGUGGCGAAGAUAAAUUACAAAAUGUCGAUACUAAAUACAAUUCUGUUUAUUUCCAUCCAAAAACAUUCGUCUGUGCUUCCCUAGCUGCUGGCUCUGUGUUACAAGUUGUUGAUAAAGUUCUUAAAGGAGAGGCACGCAGCGGCGUUUGCAUUAUACGACCCCCAGGACAUCAUGCUGAGUCGAAUGAACCUCAUGGUUUCUGCAUCUUCAAUAAUGUGGCCAUAGCUGCUCUUUACGCCAUAAGAGAACAUGGCUUAAGUCGUGUUCUAAUUGUUGAUUGGGAUGUUCACCAUGGGAAUGGCACACAACACAUAUUUGAGUCAAAUCCCAAUGUUUUGUUUAUCAGUGUACAUCGUUAUGACAAUGGCUCAUUUUUCCCCAAAAGUAAAGAUGGCGAUUUUGACGCCGUUGGAAAGGGAGCGGGUACAGGUUUCAACGUUAACAUACCUUGGAAUAAGAAAGGCAUGGGUGACGUUGAAUAUGUUUUGGCUUUCCAGCAUAUAAUUUUGCCAAUUGCUUAUGAGUUUAAUCCGCAACUCGUGUUAGUGUCAGCUGGCUUUGACGCUGCUGUAGGCGAUCACUUGGGCGGCUGCAAAGUUACUCCAGAGGCCUACGGUUUGCUAACUCAUUGGCUGUCAGCGCUAGCAAACGGUCGUCUUGUAAUUUGCCUUGAAGGUGGCUAUAAUGUUAACUCUAUCUCUUAUGCAAUGACUAUGUGCACAAAGUCACUGCUAGGCGAUCCUUUACCGCCAAUACAAUUCAAUUGCUCGGUCCCAUGUCUACCCACUGCAGCGCAUCUUAGCUCUUUGGAAACUUUUCGAAAGUGCAUAAGUAUACAGCAGUGUUAUUGGAAAAGUUUGGCUUUCGGUAAACGUUUACCGCAAAUCGAAGACAAUGGCGAAUUCUCUUCAUCGACCAUACAAAAUUUAAACGACAUGCACGGGGCAGUAGGUGGUUCAGGAGAUGCAGGAAAUGAUGUAUUUUGA